GGGAAGUGACUCAUCUCUCCGGAGUCCGGCCCGCGCGCAGCUGUUCCGGUUCAGCCGGGAAAGUGCAAUGCCCGGCCUCCUAUCGCUGCUGCCGGGCUCCGGGGAGGAGGAGACUGCGCUGAUCCCCUCCCCUCCCGCUCCCCCGGCAUAAAGUGGCGCUUCGCGGGAGGCCGGCAAGGUCGGCUGCAGGGCUGGAAGCUGGCAUCCCGCUCCGGAGACCCGGGUCAGAAGGCUGGGACCUAGAACCUCUCAAAAAUGGCCAACCAGAUCUACAGCACAGUUCCCAGGAGUUCCUGGAAUAAACGUGUGAAUCCUGACCUGGAUAUUGAGAGGAAGAACAAAUCGUUCAAUGUCGAGAGACUAACAAACAUCCUAGAUGGUGGGGCAGAAUUUACUCAGAAACGGAGACAAGUUGAGAGCAUCGUCCACAGUGACCCUGUGUUCAACCUAAAGAACAAUUACUUCAUGAGCCAGAACCAACGGUAUGAAGCCGCCAUUCAGAAGAGCAUUCAGUACAGGAAGCUGAUGAUGCAAAGGGGCUGGAAGGAAGAUGGUAUUGAAAAAAAGUAUAUCUACAGGGCCCUUGGUGGAGACACGGCCUUCAACAUUCAUUCAGUCUUCAAGCAAGCCCUCAAUAGCCUGGGUUCCGACGAGCAAAUCGAGAAGUGGACUCCCCUGAUAGACAGCUUCCAGAUCAUCGUGACCUACGCUCAGACAGAACUGGGACAUGGCACGUACCUUCAAGGUCUCGAGACAACAGCCACCUAUGACGCGUCCACCCAAGAAUUUGUGCUAAACACACCGACGUUAUCUGCAACCAAGUGGUGGCCUGGAGAUUUGGGCAGAACGGCGACCCACGCGCUGAUCCUGGCUAAUCUCUACUCCUCGGGAAGGUGCCACGGCAUGCACGGCUUCAUCUUGCCCAUCCGCAGCCUUCAAGACCACUCCCCUCUGCCAGGAAUAACCGUAGGGGACAUCGGGCCCAAAAUGAACUUCGAGCAGACGGACAACGGCUUCCUCCAGUUAGACCACAUCCGGAUUCCCAGGGAAAACAUGCUGAACCGUUUCUCCCAGGUUUUACCGGACGGGACCUACGUGAAGCAGGGCACCCCCCAAAGCAAUUACCUCACCAUGAUUGUGCUUCGGGUCCAGCUGCUGGCCAGUGAGUUCAUCCCCGCCCUGGUGAAGGCGUGCAUCAUCGCCACACGCUACUCCGUGGUCCGGCACCAGUCCAAGAUCAAGCCCAGUGAGCCAGAGGCGAAAAUCUUGGACUAUCAGACUCAGCAACAAAAGCUGUUUCCCCAGCUGGCCACGGCCUACGCCUUCCAUUUCAUAGAUGAAAUCGUCAUUGAAUUCUUCAAGAAAUCCUACCAAGAGAUAAUCAAUGGAAAUAUCACCAACCUACCAGAGCUUCACGCGCUCAGUGCAGGGAUGAAGGCCAUGAUGUCAGACCACUGCAUCCUGGGAGCCGAGCUCUGUCGGAGGGCCUGUGGUGGGCACGGCUAUUCCCUGCUGAGUGGACUGCCCUCCCUGGUCACAAAAGUAACAGCCUCCUGUACCUACGAAGGAGAAAACACAGUGCUGUACCUGCAGACAGCCAGGUUCCUGCUAAAGAACUUCCUACAGGUCCAGUCUUCCCAAAGCACUCCGACCCUGCCUCAGUCCAUCCAGUAUCUCGCUUCAGCUGGGAGCGGCAGGUGUCCAGCACAGAGAACAUCUGACUUCCUCAGCCCUCAGCUCUACACGGAAGCCUUUGCACACGUAGCAGCCAGGCUUAUAAGGAAUUCGGCUCAGAAACUACACAAUCUGACCAGCUCUGGGAUUGACCAGUAUGUGGCAUGGAACCAGACAGCCAUUCUGCACCUCCAGGCAGCCAAGGCUCACUGUUACCACUUCACUGUGAAAACUUUUGUGGAAUCUCUAAAAAAACUUGAAAAGGAACCCGAGAUCUACCAAGUAAUUAAGCGACUCUGUGAUCUCUACGCUCUACACGGCCUUCUGUCCAAUCUGGGUGACUUCCUAUACGAUGGUUACAUGUCCAGGGCCCAAGUCGAGCUGGCGACCGAGGCCUAUUUCAGCCUCCUGUCUCUGAUCCGGAAAGAUGCAAUUUUAUUAACCGAUGCCUUUGAUUUCUCCGAUGAGUCCUUAAAUUCCGCACUUGGCUGUUAUGACGGAAAUGUCUACGAGCGGCUGUUUGAGUGGGCCCAACUCUCACCGACCAACACCGAGGGGAAUCCUGCCUAUGAGAAAUACCUGAGGCCAUUCUUAAAAAAUAACCGAUCCAAAUUAUGAGAUUUGCCAACUACGGACUCUAUUUUACUUUCAAGAAGUAGAACAAAAUUACCCUCUAAAUGUAUGAUACUAUGAUAAAGGGAAAUCCAGUGUACUUGUUGAAAACAAGACAGGCAAAUCAUUAGCUUCUACUAGAGGUGUGCCUUCGGCAGUAUUGUGAAAAAUAAACCUUCCUUAUCAAGUGCUUAAUUCUUAACAAACCUUAAAUUCACAAAAAGAAACCUAUGGAUAUGAGCAGGAGCUAAUAAUCAUAUCAGCCUACUCCUUUGAAGGACAAUAUGCCUAAUUUUUUAUACAGAUUUAAAACUAUUUUUUCACGAUUCCAGUAUUAAAUUGUCUCUAUUUUUUUUCCUUAUGGAAUAACCUACCACAAGUCAAAUGAAUACACUACUAACUCAAGUUUGCAACCUAUCCACUUAAACAUUUAGCUGUUAUAUGUUUCAAUGGGAAGAUGUACGAAUCAUUCAAAAAUCCGAAAGAAAACGACUUUGGUUUCAAGGCUUUAGACUCAACCGUGUUGCUGGGAAUAAAAAAAUUAAAAAAAAAAGUUUCAAGCAUGUUUCAUUAGAGUUUAAAAUGUUUCUUAAACUGGAUCCAACUGGUCUUCUGCCUCUUUCCAUACUCCAAAAGCCACUCUCACACAGUGACAAACUUCACUAAACUGGUAAGUUUUCCAUGACUUAACAAGGCGAUGAGAAUUUUACAGAAAGGAAAUACAAACUGAAUUUACAAUCCUGUUGUACCCAAUUUACAGCCGCCCAAAUGGGUGCAAUUGUCAACUUGUUAAGGUUUUGUUAAAGUUCUAUUUAUAAUACAGGAAAUUUGCCAUGAACCAAACUGCAUAAAGAACUUUCACAGGAAAAUUCUGCCAUUUUGUUCCUGCUGGUUGAGGUUACAAGCUUCCCUCAUAGGGCCUUUCCGGCUCUGUUCGUUAGCCCUGGAAUGGAGGUUUGUCACCUCAGUAAAAAGAGACAGCCUGCCAGGAUGAGAGAGAGCCAGAGGUGAAACAGCUUAACCUUAGUCCUGUGACCUGGAUUGUACAGCUUUGAAGCAAUAUUCCCAAGCAAGAAAUGUCAGCAGACUAAUAUUCUAGCAAUCAGCAAAUUGUAGCUAGCAUGGCUAAUCCUUUUUGCUGCAGGAAACUGAACCAAAUAAAAUAAACCAUAUAAAACAAAACAUGAUAAUGGAAGAGAAACAGUUGUACAUUUUUUCAUCGUGGCAAGGCUAUCUGCAUUCACUUCAGAAGAAUUGGUUUGGUUUGGGUUUUUGUUAAAUCUCAAGCACCACAUGGAAAUGCUUUAUUCCAGAAAUUAAAAAUAAAAUUAAUACGGAAAAAAAAAAUCUCAAGCACCACAGAAAACUUUGG